CCGGUAGUGGAGGAUGUGCAGCUCGCAUCUCACGCCGGAAAGAAUCGGGAGGAACAGAAGUCUGGAAAACGCGAGCUUAGUGUUUAUCCACUCCAAAAAAAGGUGGUGGCAUCGUCGGCUGUGGCACUGUUGAUACAAUACACAACCGCAGGUCUACAUUUCAGAAAAAAAAAGAAAAGAAGAAAAGCGUCACUGGCAAAAAAAAAAGCGACGGUUCUAUGUCUUGACUGCAACGAGGAGGCGAAAGCAUUUUGAGCGGCGGGAUGCACCGUCUGGAGGACUGAGCUUCAACAUGGGAGACUGAAGCAGGGUCUCGCAGCCAUGAAGACAACGCCACGUUGCAUUGAGCUGGGAAUACCUGCAUCCACAGCAUCAUGUUCAGAGUGAUCUCACCAGCAACAAUGCCUGCUCACCUUGGGGAAGAAUGGUUCACUCCACUACUGUUCCCCUUCCAGAGGCCAGGGACAUUAACGCCAGUCUCUGCUGCCUCUUUACUGGCCUGCUGAACCUUUUUGAGAGGCCAUCGAUGGAGAACAUCUCCAUGGCGAAUGUUUCCCUGGGCUCCCAAUCGCCCCCGGAGCCAGUCACGCCAACAGCGGAGGCCCCGGAGAGUCUGCAGGGUGUGAGCCUACCUCUGCAGGUCUUCUUUUGCUUCAUCAUGGUUGCCAUCCUGCUGGUGGCUCUGUUGGGAAACAUGGUGGUGUGCCUUAUGGUGUACCAGAGAUCUGCCAUGCGCUCAGCCAUCAACAUCCUCCUGGCAAGCCUGGCAUUUGCAGACAUGAUGCUGGCCAUCCUGAACAUGCCCUUCGCUCUGGUUACCGUCGUGACCACCAACUGGAUUUUUGGAGACCUUUUCUGUCGAGUGUCAGCCAUGCUCUUCUGGUUCUUUGUGAUGGAAGGUGUGGCUGUGCUGCUUAUAAUAAGCAUAGAUCGUUUUCUUAUUAUUGUCCAGAAGCAAGAUAAGCUGAGCCCACAGAGAGCUAAAGUGCUUAUAGUGGUCACAUGGGGACUGUCUUUCAUUUUCUCUUUCCCCCUGGCUGUUGGUUCCCCCCCCCUAGAGAUCCCUCCCCGGGCCCCUCAGUGUGUAUUUGGCUACAGCAUUGAGUCAGGCUACCAUGCCUAUGUAUUGAUCCUAAUGCUAGUCUUCUUCUUUAUGCCUUUCAUGGUUAUGCUGUACACAUUCAUGGGGAUCCUGAACACCAUCCGACACAAUGCGAUCCGCAUCCACAGCCACCCAGACGGCAUCUGUCUGAGCCAGGCCAGCAAACUGGGCCUGCUGAGCCUCCAGAGGCCCUUCCAAAUGAACAUAGACAUGAGCUUCAAGACCCGUGCCUUCACCACCAUCCUCAUCCUCUUUUCUGUGUUUACAGUGUGCUGGGCACCUUUCACUGCCUACAGUCUGGUAACUACCUUUAGCGAUGGGUUCUACCAUAAAGACAGCUUUUUUCAAAUCAGCACAUGGGUCCUGUGGUUGUGCUACCUCAAGUCAGCCCUCAACCCUCUCAUUUACUACUGGCGGAUCAAGAAGUUCCGCGAUGCCUGUCUGGAUCUGAUGCCCAAGUACUUCAAGUUUCUUCCUCAGCUGCCAGGAAACACGAAGAGGCGCAUACAGCCGAGUGCAGUGUAUGUGUGUGGAGAGCAUCGUUCUGUGGUUUAAAGGAAAAAUCCAUCCUCAAACACUUAAACAAUAUUUUUUUUAAAAAGCGCAUCUUUACAUAAUGUACUUUGCAUUUGUGGGCCUGUUUUGCUGUGUGACGGUAUACUUCUCUUAGCAAGUGUUCAGACUAAAAGUAGCACUGCAUUAAAAAUGGCAAGGAGCAGUUUCGAUGUGGGCGUGUUGCUACAGGGACCAGUUUGAAGAUGAAAAACAACCCAGAAAGUCAUCCAUCCAUAAGUUUUAAGGCUUAAAAGAUACCAAAACACUGCACUAUUCUGGUUCAUAAUGCCAGAAGCCAGGAUUUUACAACUUUGAAAUAGGGCUGGGUAUUAAUCAAAAUUGGUUGAUACUAGUUCUGUUACAGUACCUGAGUUACUCUACCAAAACAAUACUUCAUUUGAUACCUUACUUUGAGGAAUAUACAUGUUUUUCUACAAAAGCCUGUUUUCAUUUAACAAAAGAAGCCAUCAUGUUGGCAGGUGUUAAAUCUAAAUCAGGAACUUUCUGUUUGGGAUAAAAUAUUCUAAACUCAAGGUUUACUUACUAACCUUUUUUGGAACUUUCAGUGUAUCCCAUGGCCAUUUUCAGUGAGCGGAACUUGCUCAGGUGUAAUCUCGUGACCUGUAAAUGGAACUUCUGUAACAAGUGGUUAUACUGUAUAUGGCGGAGCGACUUUGAUCGCUUUCUCUGUUCAGACUUUGGGAUGCAGUCAGAAUCGGACCUUGAGGUUAGAAUAUUUCAUCACAAAUGUGUUCUCCAAGCUGAAGGUACUAUUUGAUCAAAGAAUAAGUAAACAACAUUACGAGCCUUACCAGACAUUCCAGUUCUUUUUACCAGUUUUUAAUAACAUUGCUACGGAGACAAUAUAGUAGGUCUUGAAAGGUUAUCAGGUUCAUUACCUGUCCCUACUCUGGAACGUUAUCACAACAGCAAUCAUCUCCUGUAUCUUGACAGUUAUGAGGUAAACAGUAGUGUUAUGCCAUUCUCAUUACAGAGUAAUCCACCAGUGUGUGCUACAUAUUUGAUUGGCCAGUGCAGUACAUUGCCAGAUGAUGUUGUGUUGCAGCAAAAAUUGAGUCAUGGUCAACUUUUUUUCAUUUUUUUUGUAGGAACCCCCACAAUGUUUAAUUCAGGGCUAAUGUCAGUCUGACUUACCAUUUUUCACUGAGGUUCAGAAACUGUCAGGGUGCAUGUGAAGAUUCUGAGUAGGUCAUGGAAUAUCUAACGCAUAAAAUGCAACCGGACUCACCGUUAGAUAUUCCAUAUUCCAUUAUUGACAAUACUUGACUGUUUGUAGUACUUGGUUCAGCCAGCAUAUUUCUUUUGGUACAAAAGAUAUUAAAAUUGGAUACCAAGGCCUACUCAUUAGACCAGAAUGCAGUGCAGCAACAUUGCAUUUAAUGCCAAGAAACACAAACAUGGAUAAAAUUGUUUUCUUGCUAUUGUAUCAUCACUCUAGCUAUGGCUCUUUUUCCACCUAAACAACCGACAGUACACACUUCUUUUCUGAGGUUUAUACAUUACAGUGUCAUUCUGGAUAAUAAAAGAAACCUUUCAAGUGAAGUUGUCAACUGAAGGAAAUCAUAAAAAUAAAUGAAAACACUUUAUAACUACUGGAAUACACUGAAUGGCGCAUACCAUGCGAGAGUAUCCACGGAUUAAUUUUUCCUUUUAAUAUUGUGCUAAGGAGCCAGGCGCUGCUGGGUUUGACUUGACCGUAUGUCUUUUCUUGCCACUGGAAUCACGAGUUGUCGGGGAAGGACAAUUUGUUUUAGCUGUGUAGAAGGCAUGUAAAUUAACGGCUUAAAUGGAAUGUGAAUGUGGUCAAAAAGUGGCAGAGACACAUUUGAACAUGUGUGUUUCAAUUUAUAUGUCUUGGAUGUGCCUAAUGAUUAGUUCCUUUGCCAGUCAGAAAGCUGCUAUAUCUGGUGAAAAUGUGCAAUUUCAGUGUACUGUACUGUUGAAUGUAAUAAAGAAAUAGACAUUUCUUACCUUG